CUCUCUCUGCCUGCUACUCAUCAACUCUGACGUCAGGGCGGCGCGGCGCGGUGGACUGCUCUCGCGCGGAGGGUGCUGCUGCUGCUACUGCUGAAACAAGAUGGCUGUGCGCGCAGGAGGAGCAGCGGCGGCGGCGGAGCAAAGCUGAGGCAAUGCAGAGGAGGACGGCGAGGGGGGCGAGGAAUUCACUUCUUCUGUGUGUCCUGCCUGAAGAGCAACAGCUCCGCAAAAGACACAAGCGCUGACAAAAUUAUGCAUUUCCGGGGACGGUCGGUUUAACGGGUUGACUCCAGUUGUAUUUUUGUAACCAAGAGACGAGCGGACGGACCAAACAAAUCCCGGAGCACUCAGUAGAGGACAGCCGGGGACGCUCACGCCGCUAACAGAGAUGUCCCUGCUGUGUGUGGGAGGUAAGAGAGGAGAUAAAGCCGGGGGAAUUAAAGCUUCUGUCUGUGUCUGUGUGAGUGUUUGGUGUUGUUAAAGUAUCACCUGCUCACGUGUAAACUGCAGCAGUAGUGUGACAGAGCCUGCGGGCGAUCAGCUCCGUGGAAAAGUGUGUGUGUAUCCCGAGCAGCGGAGCAUUUGUGCUGAGCAGUCAUUAAAUCACACAGCGACCACUCCGCUUGUCUGAGCGCAAACACAACACCUUUGUACUUCUAACGCAACUGUGGCUGAAUGACAUGCAGGCCGGUGUGAUAUUUACUGUUUAUCCUCUCAUAAAGAUGAAUGAGUUAUGAUCACAGCCAAAAAAACACAGAGAGAGGCACAAUUGUAAGAAGCCAGCCCAGUCGUGACUCUUCACAUGAGCAAACAUGCUGCGGGCUCGCUGAGUUUCUAUAAAUGUCUACAAGGAGGAGGUGAUCCUGUGUUUCCUCCCUUGUUUAAGUGCUGUUGCGAUUUCUGUGUGUCAUCCACUCUGUUCAUUCAUGCGUGGGCAGUCAGAAAGGAGGAGGAGGCGGACGACGAGGAAAAGCCCCUGCCGUUUGCCGCUGCCGCACCGCCCACCGCCUCCGUUUUCGCCGCGCUGCUGUAGUCGUGAGGGAAUACUCGUAUUCAGCCGGAGGUGCAGCUCGUCACUCCUCAUCGUUUUCCCUGUAGUGAUGCGUCACCUCCUCCUCCUCCCAGACUCCCAGAAAGCACCUGAUGCUUCUGUCACUGUUUCCUCCCAAAUGCGAUGAAUAAGCAUCUGCUGUGAUUGCUCGUGAAGUCACACCACUUCCAGCAUCACACAUCCGAGACGCAGCCAUGAGAAGGGAUUCCUUCUUGGCUGUGCUCUGCUGUACGUAUAGGCGUUUGGUGGAAAGAUAGAGGAUGAAUUGGCGGUGCUGCAAGGUUUUGAUUAGCUGUUUGUCCUCAUUUGACACUACAGUAUUCAGGAAUCUGGUUGGAGCUGUAAUAGACAAGGAUUAAAUAGUUAAGUUCAUUGACCAUUGUUGAUCUUUGAGCUACUAAAAUGACACAGUGAAAGCAUAAAAAUGAUUGAUCUGUGUAGAGUCCAUCCUAUCUAAUCAGAGGACUUUUUCAGGCUUGCAUGCCAGAUUUUUUUAAAUGUUGAGCUUUUUGUCUUAAAAUUUUUGGGUUUGGAGCCAGGAGUUGCAUAAAGAACAUAUGAAAGAUACUUCUUUGACUCUUGAGAUUUAGGGGGUGUUUAUGCUUGAAACAUGUUUCAGCAGAUUAAGUAGUUUAUUAUUUGAUGAUCAUUACGAUCAUUUAUUAUCACAACCACAUGUAGUUCAAACCUGGGUUGAGAUCAUAAAUAUGUAUUCUUUUGAUAAAAUAAGAUACGCAGAUGAGACACAAGACAUGGGGUUUAUCAUAAGGAGAGCAUGUCCUAUUAUGUUGGACAUGUUUGGUUGGAAAAAAAAAAAAUAAUAAAAUCACUGUCAGUAAACUAAUCAGUCAGCUACUUUAUUUACUGUUACUACAGCUACUGUUUCCUUAUCUUGAGUCUUAAAAUAGCGUUUCAUCAGUGCGCACAUUCCUGUUUCCACUAAAUCAAGCCCUGUUUCUGUUGCGUUUAGAUCGUGGGGUGGGAAUGAGUAGAUUUGGGUAUUCUUUGUUUCUUUUACUCAUUUUUCUGUGUAAAGCACUUUAUGCUACAUGGUUGUGUAUGAAAAGUGCAAUAUAAAUAAAGACUGAUUGAUUGAUUGAUUGAUACUGUACGUUCAUCUGAUCAAGCUCUAGUAAGUAAAAGAGAGUGUUUAAGUAUGCUGAAGCUGUAGCUGGUUACUGUAGGUGGAAUGAAAAUGAAACUUAAAAGCCUUUGAAAGUCACCUUUCUUACAUUAGGCCUUUUGUGGAUGCUGCCCCACCUCAUCCGGUGGCGUCAGGUCCCCCACCUGACUAUCCCUGCACUGAGUCAGUCCCCGAUGUCAUUACGACCCUGAGCGUGAUUCAUUCAUAAAUACCAACUGCGGCUGUCAGUGUCGUAGACUACGAGACUUGGCAGAGAGCCUUCUUUCUGUUCCUCUUACAUCAUUCAUGCUUACCUGACUGGAGCUAUUUCUGGCCUCCACAGUACUUUGUGCCUCUUGAAUAGGCAGCAUUUCUUCGGAGCAUCUGCAGACAAAGCAAAAUCCAGACCCAGAUACAGCAAAAACACUUGGCUUACUUUCCUGCAGAGAGUCCUCGUUUAUUUCCAAGACAAGUUUUUCACUGUCUUGAUUUAGACCCUGAAUGUGGGGGCCUAACGUCUCUGUCAGCAGUUGCAAAGACUGAACCGCAGAUGUGGUCCUUUGGAAUAAGAUGCUGUCUGUCUGAAUCAUGUCAGCCCCACUUUUUUUUGUCACUUGAUGGCUGAACUCUGCUCACCCACUGCCUCUUUUACAUUCAAGUUGAAGGAUUUGUUUGAUUCCCUCUCGAGUUUCUGUUUCUUGGCAAUCCGCUUAAUUCCCAUAAGUCAGAGUGUGCUGUGUCAGAAGUCUCUGCCAAAGAAAACGAAAGUUGCACAGAAUUAACUGUGUGCUUCCUCUGAUUAAAGAAUGAAAAACACUUUGGUUUUUUAUGUUCCUUGAAAUAAGAGGGUGAUAGAUGGUUAUAUCUUUGACCUUGUUUUCUCAAUCCCGCUUCUGCUUACACAUAACCUACAUUUCCCCGCAUGAUCUAAAGUUACAGCCCUUCACAGACUUAAUGCGUGUGAGUAAUAGGCACUUACAUGUACUGUAUUUGUAUGUGUGUUGAGCUGUCUGCUUAGAUCCAUGCAGCUGUGACAAAAUAUUGUUUGCGGGGCUUGUGGAUUGUAACUCACUCUGUCAGAGAGAUUUAUGAUCGUGUGCUAUUAUUAAGCUUCAGCUUUCCACUGUCGAAAAUCCAAUUCCCUUUUUAUUGAUCCUCCUCCUGUGCUGAUAGAUUUCCAGGGCUGUUUUUAGUGUUGGCACUAAAACACAGCAAAAACCAGACUCUGAUGUGGUCUGCCUAAACUAUGUAGAGCACCGCUGAAAACAUAGCCGUGUUCCUUCUGCAGUGUGUUGAAUCGCUUUAUUUUCUGUCUACAGCUUUAUCUGCUUCAAAGACUGAACUGGAUAUCUGAAAGAUGCUGGGCUGAAAGAGACUAAGUGUUUUUACACGAUGUUGAGGUUGCUGAGAUAAAUAUGUUUCAUGAUUAGUGUGCCGUAUAUAAGUCAUGGCAGACAAGCUGCACAUUUAACUUCAGCGUUUUAAAUUAAAGGAGUACAUUGUACAUUUAAAUCGACUAAAAAGUGCGUACAUUGCUGACUCAGGAUACUGUAACAUAAAUGUUUCCUUUUUGGGGUCACUAUAGCGACUGACUCUGGUUUACAUGGCUUGUGGAGAAUAUUUCAAGAUGCUGGGCAAUAAACUGAAAAUUUACAGAUAUCGAAAUUUUACAACAAUAACCAACAUUAUUUUGCCCAUAUCGAUAUAUAUUCCGUGUCAAGAAAAAUGAAUAAAUAAAAGUUGGUUUUGGAUGUGUGUCGGUAGGCUAUGGUCUCUUGUCCCUUUAAGACGCUGUCCUACGCCGGAGAUGUGACUCCACCCCAUCCAGUCUGUAACAAAGAAAGAAAGACAGGUGAGGAGAUGGAGGACAGUUCAAAAGUUGCAGCGGCUGGAGCAGCAGCUGAAGUAGACAAAGUUAAUGUGGGAGGGGGUGAGCAGAUUGUGGAGUAGUUAUCGUCCAUUUAUCGUUAUCAAGGUGAACUUCUCAAUUUUUCGUAAUAUUGAUCUGAGGCUAUAUCGCCCAGCCCUAAUACUGGUGCUCACAUUGUGUUUCUCAUAGGGCCGAUUUAAGUGCCAGGUGGCUUACACAGCUAUGUUUUGGAUACACAUGGGUACGAUAUGGUGUGCUUACACCUGCAGUGUAGAAUUGGCAUCUACUGGAGCAUGUAGAGAGCAGCAGCAGGUAUAGAGUUUUAAAGAUGUAUGUGUGAGAUACGUCAAAGCUGGUAUGAAAGUGCUGCAGAGAAAGAACUCCAACUGUGCACUGAGGAAUCCUAAAACCCAUCCUUUAAAUGUCAAACAAUGCAAUAAUAAAAGUCAUGACUGGGCUCAUGUUUGUUGAUAUUUUAUAUAAUCAUUGAAGCCAGUUAAUUUACCUUCAAUUUUGCAUACAUAGUUAUGUCACACAUGUAAAUAAAGGAAAAUAGGUCGUUUUUUUAAUCUGUACUUGCUAUGUUGUUCGUUUGUUGUCAUUUAAUCUUCCACACUGAUGAGGCAUAGAAAAGCUGCAAAGCUGCUCAUGGUUUUUCAGCACUGUGUGUUUCUGUGUUUUGCCACUACACUUUUUGCUGAGAGAAAGGGUAGAGCACUGAACCUGCUGCAUAGCUGCAAUUUUAGCGAUUUAUGCAAACUGCCAUUUACCGUGAGUACAGUAUGUUUGCUCCGUAUGCCAGUUGGUGGUUAGCAUCCAAUGUCCCAAGCUCUUGGUCAAUGCAGCAUUAUACAGUAAUUUCUAAGUGUUUAUGGAGGUGUAGCUGUUUUAUUUAUCUCAGGGAUACUUUUUUUUUUUGCCUGUUUGGUGUUUAUAAAGAGAAACCGAGGAUGCAGGAGCGUUCAAGAGUGCAAACAGAUGGUGUUCCCAUGUGUGACUUUGUCCCUCUCUGUGUUUCCACAGUGAAGAAAGCCAAGCUGGAUGGACCCCAAGGUAAGACCAGGGAUUCUGGAAAUAAAAAGAGGUAGAUCACACAGGGUGGAGAAACUCGCUGUUAUGUGGCAUAAAUGUUUAAGCAGACUGCGGACACAUCGCAUGCUGCAGCUUUGAAUGGAAAUGAAGUGAUCUGAAGUCAGUUACCCUGCAGAAUGGGACGUCUAAAUCUAACAGAGAUUACACUUUGAUUUUUUUAGAUGUAUGUUUCAUUUUAACACAUUUUUUUUCUUCACUUCUCCCUAAUUAACAGAGAAGUUCAACACUUAUGUGACCCUGAAGGUACAAAAUGUGAAGAGCACAACCAUUGCUGUCAGGGGCAACUUGCCCAGCUGGGAGCAAGACUUCAUGUUGUAAGUCCUUCAUCAUUUUCACACAAAACUCUCUCUCUGUCUUUCUCUCCUACUUCUGUAUCUCCCUCCCCUUUGCUUCUUCCUGUGUUCACCGCCCUCUCUUCAACUCUCCACUGUGGCUGAAUGAGUUUUGUUUUUUUAUCUCUUACUUUCCAUCAACCAGCCUCCUUCCUUUCCUUUUAACUCCUCCAUCUCAAGUGCCCUUUAUCCCCGCAUUGUUUCGCAAAGCUUUUCCUUUCCACAUCUGCACCUCUGCCUACAACCACCACCUCAGUCUCUUUUUCAUCCGCUCUCCCCUGACGCUCCUGUACUUCUCAUCCUCCCUUUCAACCUUGGCUUCCUCCCAGUCCCUCUCCUCCAUCUCUUCCUCUAAACACACAUCCUUGAUCUUUCUCUGCUCCUCCCUCCCUUAUCUUCCUCCCCUUUCCCUUCCCAGCCUCACUUUCUCCCACAUACUCUCCCUCCCUCUUUCCGGCUGUUUCUGCUCUAUAGGCUUAUUGAGCAGCAUUUCAAUCUCUAAAGUAGUCUGUUUUAACUCGUGUUUCCACAGAACAGUCAUUCAAGCAUUAUACAACUCUCCCUAUUCCUCAUGCUGUGAGACCCAGUGCGGCAUUGAUAGUGUGGCAGUAUAUGGGCGGUGAAUGCUGGGAAUCAUUUAGCAUGUGGGAUGCAGCGGGCGGGUUGACUGCGGAGUCCUCUGCAUCUGUAUGAUGGUCGGAGGCGUUGAGCAUUGUACUGGGGUUGCAUCAGUGAAGCCCUGUUAUGUAAUGUUUGGGCUGCAGAGAGAACCUCAUCCCUCCUCCAACACCGCCUUUAAAUCAAACAUCAGGUUUCCUAAAAGGAGUCACCACCGAGAUGGGAAAUCCAGCCCCCCUAUUUCUUAAUUAAAGUUCCCACUUUGUCCCUCCAGGCAUGCGAUACAAUCACCUCCUCCACUGCCUUCAUCACACUCCUCUUCUCCCUCCCUCUUUUCCCUCCUUCUUUCCCUCUCUCUCCCGCUCUUUUUCCUCUCUGUCCUGCUCCCCACUGUCUUGUAAAUGUUUUAUGUGAGAUUCUCUCAGGUUCACUCCCUCAGAGAUGUGUCUUGUAGUUGUCACAGUGAAGCUCACUCGUAAUUACUGUGCAUCUUGUGUGUGUUAGAGCAUCAGUGUGUUUAGCAUUCAUCUUUAAACGGGGGUAGUACUCAUGUCAGUAAAUAAACCAAUACAGAUGAAAACAGUGAAAAUAAUAUCAGCAAACUGUCCUUAAAGAAUCCAAAUAUUUGUAUAACGACGGCCCUUGUGACUGAUGAAUUAUAUACGACAUUAAUAGUUUGUUUGUACUGAUGCGACAAUGUGUAAAUGCCAUUAAACUGUUGGAGCUGGAAGAAGUAGAGAUAAAUUUGACUUCUUUAUAAAUUUGAUAGUUUUUUUACCCCCUCUGGCUCCAGUAAUAUCAGGUAAUGUGGAGGCACAUAUAAAAUCUUGAUUAUUUUACCUCUUUGGCGUUAAAUGACAACCUAAAUAAAUCACAGCAGAAGUGAAGGAUUCAUUUCUUAAGUUUGUUGUUUGUUAUUCUGUAUUGCUGUAAAUCAAAUAUAAAGGAUGAAAAAUGAGGUAUUCCCUCUACAAUGAGGAAAUUUAAAGCAAACCCUGGCUAAUUCCUGAGUUAUUAUAUUUAUAGUGAUGCUAGUUUUAUCAACUUUUGUGAUAGUUUAUAUCUAAGUCCUUUUAUGUGUGGCUUACGCAAUAAUAAUCAACAGUUAUGAUGAUAUAAAUGUACUUCGAAAGCUUGAUUAAAAAAAAAAAAACUUUUGAGAGAAUAUGUCAUCCACCUAAUAGUGAUACUUUACUGCAUGUGCCGCAAACAGUGCAAAGAAAGUAGCUGCGGAAAGCACAAGUACCUUGGAAACUUUAUUGAAGAGUCAUUGAAUAAAUCUCUAACAUUUUGUUUAAAGGUAUUUGCGUCUUGAAGUCACUUAGUUUGUUUCCUAAUUUGAAAGCAUCUUGUUUCUGUUCUCUCUCUGUCUUUAGUGAAAUAAACCGCUUGGACCUGGGUCUGACGGUAGAGGUGUGGAACAAAGGGUUAAUCUGGGACACCAUGGUCGGCACUGUGUGGAUCCCCCUCCGGAGCAUCCGGCAGUCUAAUGAGGUUUGCCAUUAACCGCCAUGGCCACCUGAGACUCACUGUAGCAGAACACUGUGUACUCAGUCAGAUUAGAGGCGCUCACUCACUCAUUCACUCACUCACUCUGGCCUCCUUCUCACUGGGCCCUUGUUUGCGUGUAAACUGAGAGGCAUGUAUUUUUCUGUACACAGGAAGGUCCGGGCGAGUGGCUCACAUUGGACUCUCAAGUCAUCAUGACUGAUAAUGAGAUCUGUGGCACCAAAGACCCCACUCUCCACCUGGUGCUGCUCGACACACGCUUCGAACUGCCUCUUGGUGAGAAAUCAAUACUCACAGCGAAAUCAAAACCUGUCAGAAGGCGGGAGAAGAUACAAAAAAUGAAAUAUAGGAAAUCGUCAGCCCUCAAGGGAAGGAGACGCUGACUUAAAUAAAUUAUGUCUGUCUAUAUCUUACCACAGCAAACAGUGAUAUAUGAAGACCAAUAAUCUCUCUGACUGAUUGAUCAAGCUGACCUAUUUCUGUGUGAUAUGUACUCUAGGCUGUGUGAGAGUCAGGGACAAUGUUUGUGUCCUUUCCCUCUCAGUGAACCAGCCUCUCCUUAGCAUUGAUUAAGUGUCAUUUUCUUACUGUUUCCCCUUCCUCCAGUCGAUACUGUACACCUGGCUCCUCAGAUUGGGGACUAGUCCUAUUUAUAGGGUUUUGUGCUUUGAGACUGCUGGAAGAAAAAAGAAAAAAAAACUAACUGCGUAUGUUUGCAUGUAGUCAAAAGCUAGAUCUGGGUCAGAAACAAAAAAGGGUCGUUUUAGCUCCUGAAGUUGUACUUUAGGAGGAGUUUGAGAACAACUCUGUUUCAAUGAACUUCACAGAGAAAGCUCCGUUAUGGUGGUAUUUUCACCUGAUGUUAUCCACCCUGUUGUUUCAGAUAUCCCUGAGGAUGAAGCUCGUUACUGGGCCAAAAAACUGGAGCAGCUCAACGCCAUGAGGGACCAAGAUGUAAGCUACCAGCAAGUUUGAUUUUUAUACCAUAGCUUUCAUACAUUUUAGGAACAUAUAGACAUAAUUAACUGGGAUAAGGUUAUAAAGUUUACUGUCAUUUUUCAUUCCUAUGAUUUCAGUAUUCUUACCAGGAGGAGCAGGAGCGGCCUCUCCGUGCACCAGGAACUCAGUGCUGUAAGUGACCGAUUACUGUUUCCGUUACCCAGUCAUUUGUUUGUGCUAAACAAGAGAUUAAUGUCUGCUGUUCAAAUGUAAUUACAUUUCUGUAGCUCAGCAUGUGUAUAAUGUGUGUAACCACACACGGGUUGUUGUGUGUUGGAGGGUAAGAGGGGUCUGGAUCACUGGACUGUUAAGGAUCAAUAGAGGUAUCAGAUAUCUGAAAGCAAGCUCCUAAAGGAUGCUGCUGCGCUUCGACUUUGGCUCAGUCGUGCCGAGCCUGCUGAGCCAGCAGUCUGAGGCAGCUGGAAGGACUUGGAGGCUCAGCACUCUUUGGGCUCACUGUCCAUUCACCAGCUUCAUGAGGGAACUCAGAAGCAUUAAAAGCACAAGUGUAUGUUUAUGUUUUGUACAGCAGCAUAAUUCAUAAUCAAUACCGACUUGUUUCUGUUUUAUUGCAGGUAACUGGAGUUUGUGGGGAGACCAACAAAGUAAGUGUAGACACGAUUAAGAACACAUAUCAUAGACUGGACUUUGUGGGGUCAGGCAUUUGCCGUUGUUUUGGCUCUGUAAGUGCUGUCUUUGAGCUAUGAUGUGAAAAUUUUUAUAUGUAUAUCAGAUGAACAGUGCAGGACUUUGAUUCAACCUCUUCACUUGAGAGCGCACCCUUGAUAAGUGAGAGGCGAAAGUUUAAAGGACCAGUUUUUUUGCUCUCCUAGAUUUGGUGAUAUCUCUUUAAAGAUAUUUUAUUUCAUAUUCUCUCUACAUUAAAAAUAAGAUGUGUGGAUUUGGUCCAAAGUAAUUCCAAUGUGCAAACUGUGAGGUCAACUGAGAUAGCUGCACUUUUAAAAUUGCCAAUCAUUGUAUAAAUCAUACAUGAUCUCCUGCCUAGAACUAGAAUAAUACAAACAAUGUCCAAAUAGUUCUAGACUGCAGUGUGACUGCUUGAGUAUAUAUAAAUAUUAGAUAUGUGCACUGUAAAUGAGGAAGAACUAGAGAAACUCUCCUCUGCCACUCCCACUCUGUCUCUGUUUCUGUCCUGCUGUGAUUAGCAGAUGGUCUUAUAUAAGUGUCUGUCAGACUCACCCACACAACUGCUGCAAUUCAUCUCGGUUCACAUAGAGAAAAACGGAAAGAGUGAGUGGAGGUGAGGAUAGAUGUUAAGCCAGAGGGGGGAAAGGGGGUGGGCGGGUACAUGGUUGGAGUAAGAAACAAGUUUGGUGCUUUUAAUUAGUGUUUACAUGCCCAGACGGAUGAAGAUGGAAGCGUUGCAGCAGCAGCCGCCUUCAUCAGAGUGUGAGAGACGAUGAUGGAUGGCAAUAAAUGAUUAAUACAUGCUGGUUUCACUUUUGACUGAUUCAGCACUGUUUGAGUCUCUCCUCACUUCUCUCCGAGAUAUUAAUCACUGAUAUACGGAAACCACAGAAAAUAAACCUUCUCUUUUAACAAACGAGUGUAGAUUUAUGUUCCGUUAUGAUGAUGAGAGAGAGAGGAAGCGGCUGAUAAUAUUGUGCACCAUGUACAGAUGCACUCUGAAUGACCUGCAGGGGUCUAAUGGGGGUUCAAAAGCUGGAUACUUCCAUCUCAUCUAUGUUAUCUAUAAUUACCAUGGUACUAAAAGAUUACUUCAGCGCUGAUUGAAGCAUUCUGUCUCUGUACUACAUGACUUUUCUCCUCCCCUCUCUCUUCUCCAUGCAGAUGAAGAUCCUGACAGUGCUGUGGACGACAGAGACAGCGACUACCGAAGUGAAACCAGUAACAGCAUCCCCCCUCCCUACUACAGCACAUCCCAGCCCAAUGCCUCUGUCCACCAGUAUCCCAUCAGUCAUCAGCACCGCAGCUCCAGAAGUUACUCCUACCCUCGCUCUGGCAACAACCAGGACCUUGACUACCAACAUCAGAGGACAGUCAGGUAUGUAGCUGGGCAUCACAAUUGUGGUACACAGUGGGGGGUCGCUGCUUUAAAAUUCACAAGUAUGGAGUUGUGUGAUGUGAAAUCUCUGAGGCCCUUUUUUGUAUUUCAACAUAGUACAUUUCCAUUUGUUAGUUCUUCAAACUGUGAAUUUUGACCAACAUCUUCAUUUUGAGUUCUUGAGGAAUUAUUCUUUGCAGAUUAGAAAAGUGCCGCUCAGUUAUGUUACUUUUUCGAAGUGAAAAUACACACAUCAAUAUAACAUCUUUAUGAUACUAUAAUGUUAAAAGGCAAAUAGAUACGAUUGAUCUGCACAUGAUUCACAUAAGCUAACUUGGCUUAAGGCUAACUUGAUGAUGGAUAUUGAGUUAUUCUGGAGUCAGCUCAUGCUACUGUUGUGUGCUAGCUUUGAUUUUUGCAUUUAUCAUUUAGUUAUCAUUGGCACAUUUGGCCCAGUGGUAGUUGAUAGGCAUUUUAUUAACAGUGUAUUUAAAUAACUAAUAGCUGAAAGGUGAUGGUUAGUAAUUGGCUAAUCCAUUACUUAACUAAUUAUGGCAGGGAGGACUUUGAGGUCUAUGGGUGUUUAGAUCAGUGUUGAAUUAAAAUGGCAAGUUGUGGUUAAGUUGUAGUACUUUUUUUGAACAUGGACAUGAUCAAAAAAGCUCAAAUGUUAGUUAUGAUAUUGGUUAUGUGUUCAAAUUUUUAGCUGGUCAUGAUAGCAUGACUGUGGCCUGCAUGUUUUUUUUUUUAACACAUUUUAUUGACGUUUUCAAAUUUAAACUUGAACAUUACACAGCACACAAUACCAACCCCACCCCCAUGACCAGACAGUGCAGCAAAACAAAAAUAAAUCGCCUACACAUCUGCACAUAUUUAUGAAACAAAAGUUAAUAAGUAAAGCAAAAAUCAUGUUCAUUUUAAGCAUUUAGCAAAAUCAUAAAUAAGCUUCCAGCCCACCUUAUGCUGAAAAACUUGUUUUAUUGUUUUAUGUUUUAUUCUGCAGUAGAAGUACUGUGAGUGGACUUUUUCCAGUCACUAAACUGCUUCCCCAUUAAGAUCAGCAUUUUUAGCUCUGUGGGUAAGUAAUUUAAAAAAGGUAACCACAUUUUAAAGGUGGAGUAGGCAGGAUCUGAGGAAGUACCAGUUUUUGGGAGAAAUCUUGAAUGUAAACUGUACCUCUCCUAACCACUUUUCCCCUCCCUCUCUGCUCCAGCAAGCCCCGCCCACAAACAGACGCUCCUGCUCGCUCGUAUCGUUUCAAUUAAAUUCAGAUAUAAUGCAGAAAAAUACUUCAGAUAAUUACAAAUGGAGACAAGUCAACGUUAACGUAAAAAGCAUUGGUGCUACUGUAGAUGCCAACAGACUACCAGCAAACACAAUGUUUGCAGGACUUCUUUAGCUAGCAUAAAGUGACAAACUCCGGGAGCAGAGGUAAACAGUUUAGCGGCGCUACAACACGCAGAAGGUCCCGUUUGACAAGAAACACUUCUGUUACAGACACUUGGCUUACUUUGUUAAAGCGGUUUACCUGUCCAGCAGAAAGGUUUCAGGGUCCGUAAGAUCCCAAAGCGUCCCUCAUUGUUUAAUCAUUGAUGUUGACCGGUCUACCUCCCUUAUUCCGCCAAAGUCUCCGGUAUUUACUUUCUUUUCUUGCUUGUGUUGGCAGUAAUGGCCUAGAGGAUUUAGACAAUUUUCCGUACUUUUUGGUUGGUUUCUACUGUCCAAUAUUGUAGCACGCUAACUGUGUUCGGGCUCGUGAAUGGCACAGGGGAGCAGCAUCUGCCUCACAACCAAUCAGAUUGGGGGAGGUGGAAAAUGGUUUUGUUAACAGUCAGAAAGAGCGGGACGCUCAAAAAAUUCAAAAUGUUGACUACACAGACAUAAGAGAACACAGUGAUAUUGUUGUACUAUCAAAUUUUUAUUAAUAACUAAUAGCUAUUGACAGAUAUUAAAAGCUUUUUUGUAUAUACAGCACAAAAAAAAGAAGCUUCUGUAAUGUAAUCCUGCCUACCCCACCUUUAACAAACAGCUCAUCUUUUCUUUUCAAGACAGCCAGAAGUCGCUCAUGGGGAAGAUUGUUAAAAUCUCUUUGUACCAAAGCGUAACACUGGGUGGGACAUCCUUGAUCCAACUGAGCAAAAUGUACUUCAGAGUGAUUAAAAGUAGCUUGUCCAGGAGCUUAUAGUGUGAUACAGGAAAGUGCAAUUCUCUAGAUGGAAGUCCUACAAGGAAAACACCAGGAUCUCUUUUCAUUUUAAUUUUGAUUAUACUACGUAUUGCUUUGGAAAUGAGUGUCCAAAUUUUUUAGAUUAGUUUGCACUCCCAGAAGCAGUGAAAAUAUGUUCCUCUUUCAGAGCAGCACUGAAUACACAUAGGUGGAGAUAGAGGGAUCCAUUUUGUGUGUAGCCUGCAUGUUGAACACAAGUAACCUGAAGCUGAAGCAGUGACAUACGAUUCAGCCAUCUGUAACUACACUAUCUCCACACGUGAUGAGUCAAAAUGUCUUUAGUGUAGACGGCCUGUUAAAGAAUGAAUGGAGUCAAUGAAAUUCCGUGUCCUUCAGUGGGUCACACUGACCAAACACUGAUUCACUUUCAGAGUUGUUAACAAUGCAGCUACAUUUCUCCGCUUUUAUUGACAUGUCUCUCACAGUCUGGGGAAUGAAACUAUGCAUCCUUUACCUCUCACUUUAUGAAUUAUUCAACUGGCAAUCUAAUGGUCAAUACUGCACAUAAGAUUAGCUGCCUUUGUGAGUGUAUCGGACAGGGGGCCCCCUCCCAACAUCUCUGCCUAUUCUUCUUCAUCUCCUCCUCUCUGCUCUCUACACUCUCUUCAUUCCCCGCUCUCGUCUAUUUGUCUCUCGUUCACCACUCCCUUCCUGUCUUCACUAUCUCCCUCUCUCGCCAUCCAUUUUCUUACCUCCUUGUGCCUCUUUCGGAUUUUUAAUAGCCCCAUUCAUCAAGGAGUAUAAAUACUUUUUCCCUGUUUGCUGCAUUUCUGGAUGCUUGUGCUUUUUCUCUUGUCAGCUUUCUGGAACCCUCCUCACCUUUCUGUUCGGCUCUAUUCCUCACUGCUUGUCUGCUCCUCUUGUACCCCCAGAGCUUUUCAUUGAUUAGCCAUCAGCAUUGUUCCUGGCCACCCCAAGACAUGUAGAAAAGGUUUUUAGCAGAGCCUCACCAUAGAGUACAUUGUGUACAGGCUGUAAAGUGCAAUGAAGAGCUCUGCUGGUCAUAAAGGAAGAUAAACUAUUAAAUUAUAUAUGUGACCGUGUACUGUAUAUGUGCAGCAACCAACUGAAUCCAAGGGUCUCUGCGUUCAUUAUUAAAUCAUAACUAUCUUUGGUACUCCACUAAUCUCCCCUGUUUAUGUUUCUCCUCUCUUCUCCUCCCUCCAGCCCCUCAGGGAGCUACGCCUCAUCCGCAGAGUUGAGUCGGUGCAGCAGUCAGCUCAGUGAGGAAGACUAUGGCGGCGAGUAUGGGGAGAGGGACCCUUACGACGAGAACGACUCGUACCAUUCCUGCCACUCCUCCGUUAGCUACAGUAAAGGAUCACCAGACUGGGACCCCGAUGAGACCCAGGGGCAGUACAGCGACGAGGGCGGCUACAGCAAAGAUGGAGGAGAGGAGGCGGCUCUCUAUGAGGAGGAAGACGGAGGGCUGUAUGAGGGAGAGGAAGAGGGCCUCUAUGAGGAUGAAGAGAUGAUGUAUGAUGAUGAGGAUCUGUACAAUUUGGACGGGACCCUCAGUGAGGACAUGGAGCCUCCUUUCACUCCCACCCCAACGUCAACAGCACCCCCAGCUCUGGAUGUACCCGGCUCCAGACCUCCUCUAGAAAAACAGCCCUCUUUACACCAACAGCAGCCCCCUACUCAACCCCCAACCCAGACAUCCAACCAGUCCAAUCCUCCUAGCAUGGCCCCAUCAGCACAGCCACCAACUAGUCAAGCAACAACCCAACCUCCUAAACAGCCCCAGACUCAAACACAGCCUCAGGCUCAAGCUGCCCCCUCUGCCACUUCCUUCUUUUCAAUGGCCAAACCUUUCUCAGCUGCAGUCACAGGACUAGCCUCCACUUUUCUGUCCUCUGUUCCCACUACUCAGCCCGCCCAGUCUCAACCCCCGGCCUCAGCUGCUCCUCAACCGCAGCAGCCUCCUGCAGCCAACUCUGUUCCUCCAUCCCACCCAGCCACUAUGGCUAACUCGGCCUCCCAGCCCCCUUCCACUGGCGUUGGUCCUCCUUCCCAACAGACCCCAUCCUCUGGGCCGCCUCAAUCCCAACCCAGCGAUCCUGCCACCAUGCAGAAAGAACACCCUGAGGACCAAGAUCUUCAGCUGGAGGAAGAACCGUGGCUAGAGGAAGAAAUUGGACUGGAGAAAGAGGCCAGGACACCUCCUGCUCAGCCAGAGGAGAAACUCCCAGAGGAAGAGACAGAGGAGCGUUUUGAAGAGAGCAAGCCGCCGACACCAGUAGAGGAAACAGAGAUGCCACCUGAGAGGUAGGAGAGGAGGAUGAAAGGAAUUAGAUCAAUGAGCUAAGCAAAAAUAGACUUUAGGAGGAACAACAUAUUUAGAACCAAUUCUAUUAAUAUAUCCACUGAAGAUAUUUUUACUAAAAAAUCCAAAUUCUGUUGUUUUUUAAGUCCCCCAGUCGUAGAAGAGCCCAAAGAACCAGUGGAUCCAGCAGUCAGAGCUAAAGAGAACUGGCUUCGGAUCUACAACAAAGUCUUAGAACAGCUUCGGGAGGUAAGAUCACGUAUUUUUCACCUCUGAAGCCCGAGCCCCACCUUCCAUAUUCCAGCCCAUCCCAGAGCUGCGGGCCUGGUUCAGCACCACUCUGUAAUCUAAAAGAUAUACCUGAGUUCAAGAGACUCUAAAAGUGUUCACCAAGGCUUUGAAAUAUGGAUGUGUCAUGCAUUAUUAAUGUGCGUAGGCCUGGUUCAUACAGGUCUUGAGUUCUAUUUUGCUGGUGCUUUUUUCUCAGACCUCUGAAAGCAGACUCCAAGUGUUUUAUUUUCAAAAACGUCUUUCUUUUGGUUCUCUUCUAAUGGCGUCACUCAAACCAAACUUUUAUUAUUGCUUGGGUAAAAACACCAAACCACCAAAACUGCUUGAUGAAAUGGCACAUGUUAAGUUUUUGCCUGAUCAGUUUUUCACUUGCACAUUUUAUUCACAUAUUAUGUUGCUGUUCAUUACGUUUGAAUUCAGUUAUGCAAAGAAUUAAUCACUUGCUUCGAUGUUUAUGUUGAUGUAUGUCACGUUGAGUUUUUGUACAUUUUGCUUCUUUUUGUUAAUUUAUUUGUUUGUUUAUUUGUUUGUUUGUGCCGACCCACUUUGUUUUCUUUCCAGUUUCAUGUCAUUGCCAUAGUGACACUCGCAUGCACUUUGCUCGGCCAUCAUUGGAGCAUGUUGAGAGGUAGGUACAACCCGAUUGGUUGCUUAAAAGAAAGAGGGGUAUGCGUGGAACAGUUGCCUUUUUGACCUUCUCGGUGUUUUUCUAGCAGGCACUUUCAUGCGUUCAUUCAUCUUCACAGCAAUUUGAUCUUUUCUUUUCCUGCAGGAGCUGUCAUCCAAUUUAAUUUUAAGACGCAAACAGUCUGAUUUUUUUUUUUUUUUUAAGGCAUAUUGGUUUAAAAAUUUCAGGGAAAGCAAAUUGUGAUCAGUGACAAACUCAGUUUGUGUAUUCUUCAAUAAAAAGAAUAAUGGUGAUAUUUAUUUGAUUAUCUGUCAUUAGAGUUGAAUACAUCUAAUCAGAUGUCCUCUGCUUUAUUUUACAAUUAUAAAACUCAUGUGAAGAGUUUUAUGAGACCCAAAAUCUAAAAUGUUAAUAUAUGUGAAGAGGCCGAUAAAUCAGUUUUGUAAUUUGAUAAGUAGAGUUCAGUGUCCCAGCCUCAUUCAAACAGCGCAUGAAUACAAGAAAAGGCCGCAGGGAUGAACUUAACUUUCUUUUAUUGUCUCUCUCAGGCCCGAGGAGAGACCUCCAACUCACUGUGGUUUGGUAAAGGAGGGUAAGCAUCUGCUGUCAGUCUUUCAAGUAAUCUACUUCCUCCUACAUGUAACACAUGAUACAUCACACUGCAUAUUAGAUCAUCUAUUGCAAUAAGUGGCAUUAAAAUUAUCCUCACAUCAUUGUGGAAACCUGACCCUGCUGCCUUGGAAGGAAAAUGCCCUUCUGUAGUCCGGGAAUCCUCUAUUUCAUUCUGAUCCACUGGCUCAUUCAGCUCGUGGCAUUCAGCCAGGCAGUAUUGAACGGUGGUGGGCUGCCCUGACUUAGCUGGCAGGUCAUUUGUAGAUGAGGCAAACCUCAGAUUGGAACUGAGGCUGCAUACUGAAGAAGUGCAAUGUUAGCCAGAUAGAAACCCAGCAAUUUAUACCAAGGUGUGUGGACUGUCACUUUCACUGUUUGAGAAGAGGCAGGCUAUGUAAUUAAACUUUCAGAAUGACUGAGGUAGCAUUUGAAACAACUAUUGAAGGAGAUUACCUCUGCGCCGUGGUGAAAAAAUCCUGAAUUUUACGGAAAAAAAUGUUGAUACUAAACUUUCAUAUCUACUGUUUUUAUAGAUGAAUGUGUCGUGAUUCGUACUUUGUCCUUUUUAGAAUGGGAGGUGCACUCUACAGUAUUGACAGCAUGCCUGACCUUCGCAAGAGGAAAGCCAUUCCUCUUGUCAGAGAUCUGGUGAGAAACAAACAUGGACACACACACACACACACACACACACACACACACACACACACACACACACACACACACACACACACACACACACACACACACACACACACACACACACACACAUGAAUAAUGUACACCAUGAAACUGCACAAUAUGCCAGUGGUGUUGAUCAUACAAUAGGAGCGUUCACAACAACUUUAUCUCCCUAUGGAUUGAUAUAUGUAUUUAAGGGAACAAGUAAUGCUUCCUCACUCAGCAUGGGAACAUUUUAACGAAAAUAUAGAGGCCUGGGUAUGAUGAGUAUGCUCUCACAACAUUUGGAUUGAGCCAGGCUAUCUUAAUCCAGCUGGGUUCAGAUUAUUUAGGGCUAAUUUAGUGGUGAAACAAACCUGCUUUUCUUAUUCAUUAUAAACUCAGAGACAUGUUUCUGAUAUAGAUAUUGUGUAUAACAUGAAAAACAACAGAUUGUAACUUUGAGAUAUAACCAUAGACUGUAUAUAGAAUGGACACCAUUUGCCUCCUUGCUGGGUGAAGCCACCCUGAGAACAGCACCCUCUGGUGAUGGGUGGCUGUACAGGUCAUAAAUCCCGCCUCCUCCAGCAAUCCUUAUGGAGCUGUGGACAAACUUUAGAAAUUUAUUACACAGAAUAUAAUUUUUUUUCCCCCCUGCUUGUGAUGUUGACAUGUAGUUACUGUAAGACUUGUUUGUGCUCAGGUCCUCUUUUUCCUGUACACCUCCAUUUUUAAAAGUUAUUAGGGGGUUCAUGUUUUCUAUGAUUGACACUUACACUCUAAGAUUGCAUAGCUCACCCGGGGGAUACACUGUUUAAACUGAGCGUCAACACAGCGACUCUCCCGCCGAAUGCGUAUAAUACUACUGCACAAGUGGUGGAGUGCGUACAACGCCACUGCACAAUGUUGGUUUCAGGAAGCGGAGAAAAAACUAGAGCUUUUCGGCUUCAAAUCCGUAUACUGGUGGAAGGCGGAACCAAGUUGUCCAUAGUAUAUACAGUCUAUGGUUAUAACUAAUAUGCAAUAUUUAACGAUAAGUUUAUAUAUCACACUUUAUAUUGUUGCUGCAAUAUUGAACCGUGUAAUUACACACUAAAUAUUUUUAUAUUGUGCAGGUCUGGUGUGCACUUAAUAAAACUCACUGCAUAUAUCUGGUAUUAGUUCUUUUGUUUUUAUUUAUAGUUUAAUACAGCAUAGGGGCUAAAUAAAAGAUAUUGCAGUAUCAGUUUUUCCUCAUGUUGUGCAGCAUUAAUACACAGUAAUACACCGUUAAACAGUCCACCGGAUGAUUUGUUUCUGUAGCUCUCAAUUCAAAACAGUAAUCACAAAUAUGCCCCCCCUGCUUAAGAGCUUUCCCUGUAAACAACAUCAUUGCAGGCCAAUCAUGUUGUUUAUGACUGAUGCCCCCUUCCACAGAUGUGUCAAAUGCUCUAUCUAUUGAUAAAUUAAAUGCCUGCCAUAUAUGUGAAGAUAUUUAAAUUAGAGUCAUAAAUCAUUGUCUUUGCUUCACCUACUAGAGGUUAAAGUGAUAAAUGGAUAAGAUGCAAAGACUUGCACAUAUAUGCGCCUGCAUUUUAAAGAUUGUUACAACUUGCACAUGUUUAAAAUGUGAGAAUAUUUUCAUAUCUAUAUUUAAACGUUUGUCUCUCUUUCUUCUUUUUAUCACAUCAUCAGGCUAUGGUGAGUCCUUUUUUUUUCUUUCACAGAGGUUAAACAUAAAUCAAAAGUCUAAAGCACAGGUCACCUCCAUGUAUAAACCCUUUUCCGUUUGUUCUGUUCUUCUCAGUCUCUGGUACAAAACUCUCGAAAGGCUGGAAUCACCUCUGCCAUGGCUUCAACCACUCUCGGCAAUGAAGAGCUGGUGGGUUUUCUCUCAUCUCUGUUUUUUUUUCCCCACAACUUGGUCCAGUAUCCUACAACAUUCGAUCAGUUCUGGCUUUAAUCUCCUGUUCCUCAUGCCCUUUGCAGAAAAGUCACGUUUAUAAGAAAACCCUCCAGGCUCUCAUCUACCCCAUCUCCUCCACCACACCACACAACUUUGAGGUGUGGACUGCCACCACCCCGACUUACUGCUACGAAUGUGAGGGGCUGCUGUGGGGUAUCGCCCGACAAGGCAUGCGCUGCUCGGAGUGUGGCGUCAAAUGUCACGACAAGUGCCAGGAUCUGCUCAAUGCUGACUGUUUGCAGAGUAAGAGCUUUUUUUUUAUAGAAAUACACCCAUCUAUAUUCAUUUAUUUUUACUCUGAUGCAAACACACACACACACACACACACACACACACACACACAGAUACAUACACAAACACAAAAAGCUGUUCGCUCAAACUCCAAACCUAUUUCAGCUCCUCUUCUGUAUCCUUCUGCUCGAUUGACAUCCCAUUAUUCUUGUCCUCUAUCCACUCUCACUUUCUCCUCCCUCUUCCUUUCCAAUUUAUCUCCUGAGUAAUGUGCUGUCAUACCCCCGCCUCUCUCCUCUCUCUUUCCCACUCAUACCCUUUGCAUCCAUACUGCUUGGUUUAAUUCAACUUCUCAAGGGGUGACUUAUCCGAUUCCCAUACUUGUUUUUAGAGUCAAUCUGCACAAUGCAUAAUUCAUUGCUCUGCCGACUCUUAGGAGUCUUAUAAGAUCUUGAUGCGAAAAGCAUCUGUUGGUCCUUCAUUUGCCAACUAACUACUUUUUUCCUGACCAAAUCUGUGGUUAUGUGGAUACAGUUUCCCUUUAUUGUAGGAGAAGGUUUAGGGUUUGAUUCCAGGCCAGGAGACAUGCCACUUUCAAAAUUGAUCUGACGCUCUCUUUACGUAGCUCUGAGUUUUAGGAGAAGGAGCUCAGCAUCUCGCCUUUGGGUCAUGUUACUUUGGAAAGAUUUCAUGCUACUAAUAAUUUUCCUUUCUCUCUUUAUAUAUUCAUCUCAUUAGGAGCCGCGGAGAAGAGCUCCAAGCAUGGAGCAGAGGACCGAACCCAGAACAUCAUCAUGGUCCUGAAGGACCGCAUGAAGAUUAGAGAAAGGAACAAGCCAGAAAUCUUUGAGCUCAUCCAAGAAGUGUUUGCCCUGGACAAAACGACACAUGGCACUCAAAUGAAACAAAUCAAGCAGAGUGUGCUGGAUGGGACCUCCAAAUGGUCAGCAAAGAUCAGCAUCACAGGUAAAGGGGACUGUGACCAUUUUUUUAAAAACUCUAUUAAAGUUGCAGGAGAGGUGUUAAUAAUAAUAAUAAUACAUUUAUUUAUAUAGCACUUUUAAAAACAAGAGUUUAAAACUGCUUUAACAUGCAGGAAAACAAAAAAAAACAACAGAACAACAAGAGAACACUUGGGAGAAGGAGCCUAGAAAAGACUAAAACUCAGACUACAUGUCCUAAUGUCACAUUACUGGCAAUAAAAAAAAUAAAAAAUAAAAACAAAAAUCAGUGGAAGACAAAAGUUUUGAUGAGUGUCACAAGAGCUGAGACGUCAUUCAAACGAAGACAUUAAAACAAAGACAUUAUAAGAACUCAACCAACACACAAAAACCUGAGACCAAGGGGACGAUUACAAAACAUGAACAAGAAGUGUAAAAGGUUUUAAAGAAGCCAAAAUCACAUAAAAGCAAGUCUAUAAAAAAAGUUUUAAGACGUGAUUUAAAAGCAGUGACUGUUUCUACACACCUGAUCUCCUGUUACGGUAUGAAGGUAACGUACUGAGUGAAGAAUAUAGCAGUUGCCAUAGACUUUGUUGAAAUCAUUUUAUGUCUCUUGUGUCUUCCUCAGUUGUAUGUGCUCAGGGUCUGCAGGCCAAAGACAAAACCGGUUCAAGUGACCCUUAUGUAACAGUUCAAGUUGGAAAAACCAAAAAGAGAACCAAAACCAUCUACGGCAACCUCAAUCCUGUCUGGGAAGAAAACUUCCACUUGUGAGUGCCGUGAAAAGCUUCUUUGUAUCACAUCAUCAAAUGCAAACAUUUAACUCUAUGUCUCCGUAAUGACUCCCUUCUGUCUCUGCUUCAUCCAGUGAAUGCCACAACUCAUCCGACCGCAUCAAAGUUCGAGUGUGGGACGAGGACGACGACAUCAAGUCGCGUGUGAAACAGCGGUUCAAACGAGAGAGCGAUGACUUCCUGGGUCAAACCAUCAUCGAAGUCCGGACCCUGAGUGGAGAGAUGGAUGUUUGGUACAACCUGGGUGAGUUUUCAAGACAGAGAGGAAGCAAAUGCAGAAUUAGAGGAGGCUGAGCGGAGCUAUAAGUCACUCAGAGAUAAUGGAACAAGAAACAGAUAAUUGAGGUACUUGUCUCUGGUAGAUUGAACAAGAUUCGACCAACUAAGUAGGCGUGUACAUCCCUUUUGUUUGACAGACAAGAGAACCGAUAAGUCUGCUGUGUCAGGAGCUAUCCGGAUGCAUAUAAGUGUGGAGAUCAAAGGAGAGGAGACGGUCGCGCCCUACCAUGUCCAGUAUACCUGUCUACACGAGGUCAGUCUGAAAGGGAAUGUGGCUGUGGUUAUUUGCACUUGAAAUAAAACAUUAAAUAUGCAAGAGUCUGCUAUCCAGAGUUAAUUAGUUCCAGGCAAUUAAAUUCUAGGUUUCACAUUAACACAAUCAAUCACCUUAUAAAUUCUGUUUCUGCCUCUGCACCCUGGCGAACUCGCCUCUGUUUGGAUAAGAAAUAGCCAACAUUCGGUUUCUAGUAACAACAUCAAUAGCUGUUGUCUGGAAUUACAGAGCCAAUUUUCCCAGUAUAAGGGGGAUAUAGACUUUCUGACAUGAAGGCUAUUUCAAUGUGUUUCAUAUGUAAUCAUGUUAAAUGGCAUAAUUGUAAAGAGAGGCUGACUCACCUCAACAAAGUAAACAGAGCUGUGAAGGAGCCUUGCAAAGAUGAACUUCAGGGUCAGAAUCAAACUGUGUUUCAGAAUAUUUUUAGUCUGGGCUUGUUUUGAAGUCGCUCUGUCGCAGAUAAAAGUGGUGACUCUGUGUUGGGUUUUAUUAAGCAUUCAAAUUAAAUCAGCUUCAAUGUUAAAAUAACUGAAGACCCUUGUUUCACAUCUACCCCUUGCUUUUCUUGUAACACCUUAGGCUGGAUGAGCGUUACAGAUGAGGAACAGAGAAUAUUUUCAAGUCUCUCUUAAAUAUUUAAAUCUGUCAAACACACAGAGGGGCCCCGUGGCUGUACCUUGAUCUCUCGCUGAUUAUAUGUGAUUGUGAUGUGAUUUACAAUCUGCAAAACAAGUUACUGUAAUGACUACUUUCAACACAGAAAUACUCAUAUUUGCCCUUUGUCUUUGUUCAGCAUCUGUUCCAGUACACCACUGAGGAGCAGAACAGUGGGGUAGUAAAGAUCCCAGACGCCAAAGGGGACGAUGCCUGGAAGGUUUAUUUUGAGGAGACAGCUCAGGAGAUAGUGGACGAGUUCGCAAUGAGAUACGGAGUAGAGUCCAUCUACCAGGCCAUGACGUAAGCUUUCAACCAUCACUCUGAGUGUUUGAAUGUGAUAUGAUACUAUAUGAUACGAUACAAUACAAUAUGAUACGAUAUGAUAUGAUACGAUACGAUACAAUACGAUACAAUAUGAUACGAUACAAUAUGAUAUGAUAUGAUAUGAUAUGAUAUGAUACGAUAUAAUACGAUACGAUACAAUACGAUACAAUAUGAUACGAUAUGAUACAAUACAAUAUGAUAUGAUACGAUAUGAUAUGAUACGAUAUGAUACAAUACAAUACAAUACAAUAUGAUAUGAUAUGAUACGAUAAGAUAUGAUAUGAUAUGAUACGAUACGAUACGAUACGAUACGAUACAAUACAAUACAAUACAGUAUAAUACAAUACAAUACAAUACACUUUAUUGCCCCCUUAGGGAAAUUUGUCUUAGACUCCAAGAGCUGCACAGAUAAAGCUGCCAACUAAUGACAGACACAAAGUACUAGACCUAACAAAGACACAGUCACACUACCCACACACAGUGCACAUACCCAUUGAUAGUUUAAAGGGUCAAAAACUGAACCCUGAAAUCCAAGUUUGGGUUUCAUUACUUUUAUUUUCUGACAACCACACUUCAGUUCUGAAUAUCCCUGGAUCACUUCUUUUUUUCCUCUUACAUGGUUUUCACGGGGCAGGUACCUGCAAUAAAUGCUGUUUCUGCCUCUUCCAUCCCACAGACACUUUGCUUGCUUGUCAUCCAAGUACAUGUGUCCAGGAGUGCCAGCUGUUAUGAGCACCCUGCUUGCCAACAUCAACGCUUACUACGCCCACACCACCCAGUCCUCCAACAAUGUUUCUGCCUCUGACAGAUUUGCUGCAUCAAACUUUGGCGUGAGUUCCUGAGAAUGCUCUGUCAUAUUUUUCUGUCUUCGCACAUUACAUAUGCUGUUACUCAUACAGACUCUUUAAAGCUUUGGAUCGUCACUGAAAGAAGAUUAUAGAUUUUUAAAACCAGAGAAUAACUUACUCUUGGUUCCUCUGGCUGUAGAUGAAAUUCAGUUAAUGAGUCCCAGCCUACUUCUCUGAACAUCCAAUCAGCUGAAGUUGUCAGAUUUGUCCUGAGUUUGUUUAGUCAAAUGGUUUUAGUCAUCUGUCAGGUGCUGUUGUCUUUCUGAGUGGUUUGUUCUGUUUUUGGCACUUCCUGUUUAGAAGGAGAGGUUUGUUAAACUCCUGGAUCAGCUGCACAACUCCCUGAGGAUCGACCUGUCAAUGUACCGGGUAAUUACAGCUUUUCUCGAUCAAAAAUGGACUCAAAAUGUUUAGCUACUGUAACACCUUUAUAUUAACUCAAACUGUAUAUGUGUGGUAGUAUGUUUUGUCUGCUUUAGGCUGAGAUGGAGGAGUUGUCUUUAUAUGAUCACUCUAAUAUUUUGUCACAGAAGCUAAAUCAAAUUUUAUCUUAAAAAAAAAGUGUCAAAGUCAGUAUGUUGAGUAAAUACAGGGACAUCUGUUAACCUAAGUCUUGGUAUGUUUGUUUUGUGAAAAAAUGUGAAUUAAUGUGGUCUUGUUUUUGAAAAUAAGAAAUAAUGAAUUGUAAAAAGGCAUGCUGGCCUGUAGCUCUUGUUUAUUUUCUAUUAUGUGUUUAGUUGAUUAAUAUCUUAUUAAAGAGGGGCAGACUCUGUAAGAUUUUUUUUUUCUAUCUGCUACUUUUUAUUCACACGUUUGAAAUUUUUCCUCAUUUGUAUUGAAUGUUUUAAAUAUUAACUGAAUGAAAUAAAGUAUGAAAUGAAAAAAAAGAAACUUCAACUAAGACUUGUCCUUUUUUUGACCUUUGAAUGUGUUUCAGAAUAACUUCCCGGCCAGCAGUCCUGAAAGGCUACAAGACCUGAAGUCUACAGUUGAUCUCUUGACAAGCAUCACUUUCUUCAGGAUGAAGGUAAGUUUAAAGAAAAGGUGGACGUCAUCUUUCUGUUUUGUUCUUUGUUUCACAGUAUCACUUAAAAUAAACUUUGUGCAAACAUCCAGUAAUGUCUGGAAGAUAGCCUGAAGGGUACACUGAGAAUCAGCAUAACAUUAGACUAUCCAAACUGAAGCUAUUAUCAGGAAACGGUGUGUUUGUGUGCGCGCGCAUCAGGGUGUUAAUGUAUGUUGGUGCAAUUUCUGCAGCUCAGUAAGUUUAUGGUUGAAUCCCCCACAGAGAUAACUUCCCGCUUAGACACUGACUCAGACUGUGUGUGUGUGUGUGUCACACAGCUCUUUGAGGUGAAUUGAAUAUAACCAUAUGUUGUGUAACAUUCCUGUUCAGGUCCAGGAGCUGCAGAGUCCCCCCAGGGCGAGCCAGGUGGUGAAGGACUGUGUGAAAGCCUGUCUCAACUCCACCUAUGAGUACAUUUUCAACAACUGCCAUGACCUCUACAACAGGGAAUAUCAGACAGACCCUGUGAGUCUGUGUGUGUAAAUGUGUUUGCAGGUUAUAUCAUUUAAAAAUUGAAAUUGUAAUGUAUACAGGAUUUAAUUUGUAACCUCUAUCUCCAGUCGAAGGCGGUCCCUCCAGAUGAACAAGGCCCCAGCAUCAAAAACCUGGACUUCUGGUCCAAACUCAUCACCCUCAUCGUCUCCAUUAUAGAGGAGGACAAAAACUCCUACACGCCUUGCCUCAAUCAGUGAGUCUCUGCUCGUAACAUCUGGCUAAGUGCUCCUAUUGUUGCAAAUUAUAAGUCCAGUAAAGGAAAAAAAAAACUUUAAAAGGCAACAGCUGUAAGAAAAAUAGGAAGGGAAGCAACAUGAGGAGGGAGGAGUGUGAGCAUCAAAGGCCAAACAAACAAACAACCUCUUUUGUUUUGAAGCCAUACGGUUUGUCCUGUCACUUGUUAAAUGGGACACACAAUAUCUAAGAAUACCAAACUAUAAAAAAACAAAGCAUAAAACUGGAGGGAGGGAAAAGCAGUUUGUCCAUUAGAUAGAGGAAAACAUCAUGUGAGCUGUCAGGAACUCUUCAGCCUGUGUUUACUCAGACCAGUCAUUCCUGUACAGCAGCUGCUCUGGUUGCUGGAGGUAGUUUGGAUUUCAAUGACCUUGUCCUACUUAUUUUCUUACUGUAAGUGCAAUAUUUACUUUUAUUCGCUUUGUUCUGGGAAACAUUGAGGAUAUUAGUGCCUUUUUUUACUUCCUGUUCUUAACUGGAGCAUUUUUCGGUCGGUGAGAACUAAAAAUAAAGACAAAAUAUACAGAUGGAGUUACAUAAAAAAUGAGCCUGAGUUAUCUUGUUAAAUAAUAGAAUACCAUCUCAAGGAAAAGGGCCGGAUAUAAACCUGACGACCGCUUCUUCUUAAAGGUUUCCCCAGGAACUGAAUGUGGGCAAGAUCAGUGCCGAGGUGAUGUGGAACAUGUUUGCACAAGACAUGAAAUACGCCAUGGAGGGUAGGUUUCUUUUUAUGUUGUUAGGAUUGUUAGAGGUCAUUAGUCUGUAUCCAAUGUGUGUUACUGAGAGACCUAUAAAGAGUGAGGUAGGACUAUUCUCAUUUUUUUCUCUCUCAUCAAUAUUUAGAGCAUGAGAAGCACCGCCUGUGUAAAAGCGCAGAUUACAUGAACCUGCACUUCAAGGUAAAGUGGCUCUACAAUGAGUACUGCAAGGAGCUUUCCACUUUCCAGAAGCACGUACCUGAAUAUCCGGCGUGAGUACCCUAUAAACAGCAUCAACACCUUUCCUCCCCCAUUUACCUCUUAUACAGACUUGUACAGUCAGUCCUCUCUCUUUUUUUUUGUCUGCAGCUGGUUUGAACCUUUCGUUGUCAUGUGGUUGGAUGAGAACGAGGAAGUGUCCCGAGAUUUUCUACAUGGAGCCCUGGAGAGGGACAAAAAAGACGGGGUAACUGACCUCUUACCAAACAUACUUGAUGAUGACAAUGAUAAUAAUAAUAAUAAUAAUAAUAAUAAUAAUAAUAAUAAUAAUAAUAAUAAUAAUAAUAAUAAUAACAAAAACAACCACAAUAAUAAUGAUAAUAAUAAUAGCAACAACAAUAACAACAAUAAUAGUAAUAAUAAUAAUAAUGAUGAUGAUGAUGUUUAUUUAUAUAGCACUUACAACAAUACAGCACCUUAAAACAUCCUUACGACAAAAUGCUUUACAUAACAAAUACACGGUCAAAUACACAAUUACAGGAAAAGAAAAUACAUGUCAAGUGACAAAUAUCACAUGAUAUCAUAACAGCUAAAAGAACAUAGAAAUGAUCAAAUAGCAAAUGGCAAAUGUUACUAAAUAUUAAAAGCCUUACUAAAAAUGUGACUUUUAAGAUGUGUUUUACAAUGUGACAGGUCAUUAAUAAAAAGUAAUUCAGGAGGUAGAGAGUUCCACAUUUUUGUGGCUGCUAUUAAAAAGGUAUGAUGUACCCUCUGUUUGAAAUUUGAAAAAAGAACUUACAAAAAUGUCAGCCCCCUUCUUUUAACAAUUUAAACAUAGAAAAGCAAAGUCUUCAGGGAAAAUGCUCAAAAAAGUUCUGGGUAACACUUUACUUGACCCCUAUCUCUAUAACUUAUUAUGAAUAUAUGUAUAAUGUGUUAUAAUCACGUUAUAGCACUGUAUAACUAUAGUUAUAAACACUCAAAAAUGAUCAUAAUGCUUUAUAGCAAUAAUCAUAACACAUUAUAAAGCAUUUUAUCAUGACUUACAAGGUCAGGUAUUAUAACAUGUUAUAACUCUUAACAUCUACCUGACAAUACCCUCAUAUAGACAUAUAAUGCAUUAUACAUAUAUUUAUGAUGUGUUAUAAUUUGCUUAUAAACUUGUAUAACUAUCAUUACAAACACUCAUUAAUUUUCAUAAGGCUUUAUAACAAAAAACACAUCACAUUAUAAUACCUGACCCUUUAAGUCAUGAUAAAAUGCUUUAUAAUUUGUUAUGAUUAUUGCUAUAAAGCAUCAUGAUCAUUUAUGAGUGUUUAUAACUAUAGUCAUACAGUGCUAUAACAUGAUUAUAAUGCAUUAUACAUAUAUUGAUAGUGCGUUAUAAAGAUAGGGGUCAAGUAAAGUGUUACCAAGUUGGUGAAAAGAAAAGCAAAAGGCGGUAAUGUGAAACUAAAGUUUGACUAAAAUGAAGAUUCUAGUUGUGCUGAAGCGGCAAACAUUUCCAUUAGAAAGCUUUAAUUUUACCCCUUAACUUCAGCACUUCUCCCACCAAAAACGUAUUCACGGGUUGCUCAUGUAAAUUCAAGCAUUAUCACUCCUGACUCAGCACAUUGCAGGCUGAGAGGAGCAGGUUGAGGGCCUCAAGGCAAUCAAUAAGGACUCAAUACCAAAGGCAAAUGGGGGAAAAAAAAAACUUCACUGCAGAGAAGAGCAGAUGCUAAACACACACACACAUACAUAUACCCGAGCAACUCACACACCCACACUCUCACACCUGCACAUCCACAGAGAGAGAGAGAGAGAGAGUCGAUACAAAGCAGCUGAAGAUUGUUUCCGCUCAUAUGUCACAAGUCCUUUGGGUCCAAUUACUGUCGCCAGAGGCAGCUUCAGCAUUCCCUGUGUCAGCGAAACAGCGGUCCCCACUCCCAGUCACAUACCAUAACACUGUUCACUAAUGGCCGGGCUGUUAAUGAGGGACUUGCUUCCAUUCAUAAUCCUCCGCUCUCUCCCAUCGUUCCUAUCCAGAGGACUCCCUUCACAAAUCUUUCAGCUGAUGCAGCUGAAGAGGGGGCACUUUUAUUGUCCGUGAUGUGUAACAGCAGUGUGAACUUCUCCCAUGGGUGGCCCUCAGGGGGGAUCCAACCAUCCGCUGCCAAUGUUAAUGCGCCCAGAUCUUUCUGCUGCUUCUUACACUUUUCCCUCCGGUGCUGUUCUUUUUCUUCCGAUCCUCCAGUUCCAGGUCACGUCAGAGCACGCUUUGUUCUCCUGCUCCGUGGUGGACGUGUUCUCUCAGCUCAAUCAAAGCUUUGAAAUUAUCCGCAAACUUGAAUGUCCAGAUCCACAGAUCGUUGGGAACUACAUGAAGAGAUUUGCCAAGGUGACGUACCUUUUCCAAUUCCCACCAACUGUCUUCACUGAGUCUUUGCUCAUACGUUGAUCUUACUGUGCGUUCAUUCUCCCACAGACAAUCGGUAACGUCCUGCUGUCUUACGCCGACAUCAUUGCGAAGGAGUUUCCAAAUCAUGUCAAGAAGGAAAAAGUGGUAUGUGUUUCGAGAUGUUUAAUAUAACUAUGCACCCAGAUGGCAGUGACUGAUUUUCUAGUUUAUGAGAACUCUGUCAAGACCUGGUUUUUAGAUGUACGCACUUUGGUGUACGUGGUCAGGUUGAUUAAUUUCACCACAAUAAACUGCUCCUCAGUGUAAUAGCUGUCGCUCAGGUCACAGUGUCUCAAAGUGAAUUAGGGCUUGUAAUUAGCUGAAUGUGGUGUAAGUGGGCCGCACUCCCAGAGAGACUAGGAGCCCCCGAAGGAGCAGUAAUUACUGAAAACUCUGGCUUCUCCUGCUCUGCAUCACCAAGAGUGUUUUCGCCAAAGAGGCAAUAAAAAAAAGUUAGGAGGACUAAGCUUGAUUGAUUACAAUGAAUCGCUGAGAGCAGAUAGAGAAAAGAGGGAGAAAUGCAUGUGUAAUGAUUCGUCUCGUUCUCCCUUCAGCCAUGCAUCAUCAUCAACAACAUCCAGCAGCUCAGAGUUCAGUUGGAGAAGAUGUUUGAGGCCAUGGGAGGCAAAGACGUGAGUUUCAUACUUGCGCUUAUUUUUGUAGCUGUGCUGUCAUGACCCGGCUCUUAGAUUCAUUCAUAUUGGUCUCCUUCCAGCUCAAUCUGGAGGCGAGUGACUUCCUCAAAGAGCUGCAGAACAAACUCAACAACGUCAUGGAUGACCUCAGUCGCAUCUUUGCCGUCAGGUGGGUUUGUCUGGGUCUGAUUUUCUCACUUGAAGCAAGGAGGUGGAUCGAUGUCUUGUUUUUUUAAUGUUGUUCUCUUUGUGCACUGAUGUAGUUUCCAGCCCCAGAUCGAGGACAAUGUGAGGCAAAUGGGGGACAUUCUCGCCCAGGUCAAAGGUCAGACUGUCCCAGCCAAUGGCAGUGUGGUUCAGGAGGCUGACAAUGUCCUGCAGCCUAUCAUGGACUUCCUGGACAGCAAGUAAGAAUGGCAGGGAGUCAAAUAUCAAUAUUAGUUCAAAUAAGAAGAAAUAACAGACUUUAUUUGUCUAAGAAAACUAGCAGAGUGUCAGCUCAGAGUGUCGAUGUCAAUUUUUUAAUUACAAAAAACAAAUAAAUACACAAAUAUAUAUUCAUUAUAUAUAACUAAAUACAUAAACCUUUGAGUAUAUAUCAUUUGAAUACAACAGCAAAAUGCCUCCUUCCUCUUAAGCACAUUAACAGUGGAAGAAAUCGAUAAAAUUACAUUAAAUUAUUGUUAUUUAAUUAUAUUUUUAUGUUUUAUGAGUUUUUCUUGAAGGUGCUAAUCCUCAAGAAUAUAAAUAAAAAUUUGUAAUACCAGAUUUAUGGGGAAUUUAAUGUAUAUAGUUGGACAGCAAAUAAGAACAACUGGCAGUUGAAUAUCUAUGACUGAUAAAUGACUGUAAAUGCCCGCUCAGGUUAUUGGCUGUGAUAAUAUUCUCACUGAUUUCCUAAUAUUUCUAAAUCCAGUCCAGAAACUCAGGAAGGUUUUCUCAUGGAACAGGUUUUCAAAGCUUGAAAUGACAGUUUUUGCCGAGUCAGUGUUCUAUAAUUUGGUGGGGUUUUUUUAUCUGGCUUUGUUUCAGGCAACUCAGCCGUAUUUGACUGUCCCAGUUUUCCAGACGGCAAAGCUAUGUAGCCUGGAGGUUUUAGAUUAAUAACCACAAACUUGUGGGAAAAGCCAAAGGUCUCUUCAGAGCCAGUGUUUUCUCCCUCUCUGGGCUCAUGUAGAAACAGUAUAACGUCACAUGGUCGUCCCUACUUUUUCCAGAUGUACCCAAAAGCUCAUGAUAGGGUAUUGAAAACUCAUCUUAAACAGCUCUGAUGUAAUGGAAAACACACCAUGUUCAUUUCAGCCAACGGAUCAGCUAAAUAGUACAUGCUGAGAUUUUUGUUCCAAUGACCUUAACAGACAUGCACGAGCCGUUCAUAAAUAAAAAGUGUUUCUCUAUACCCGUCAAAUGAGAAAAUGUGUGCAUUUGUCUUUCAGUUUGUCCCUGUUUGCAAAGAUCUGUGAGAAGACCGUUCUGAAGAGAGUCCUGAAGGAGCUGUGGAAACUGGUCAUGAACACAAUGGAAAAAACGAUUGUGCUUCCAACACUUACUGACCAGACUGUGAGUAAUAAAAACGACUUUCUGUUUCUAUUUUCCUCACUUUCUGUCCUUUUCUCUGCUGCUAAACUUCAUUGGCUUUCAUUGCUGUUUUAUUGCGUUUGUACAUUAACCCAUCUAUCCUAUCAUUACCCCAUUCUCUCUGCCCCUCUUUCCUUCUUUCUUUCCAUCUUUUGUAGGUUAUUGUAAGUAUGUGUGUGUGUGAGUGGGUUUGGGUGCAGCCUCUGUAAGCAUGGAGAAACACUCUUUUAUAAUGUGAGGUUUAAACAACACCCUCUGUAGUCUUUGUCACCUGUUUCUGUCUUUUCUGUGGAUUCAAAUGGCAGCACAAAAACAUUAAGGAGACCCUGCAGCACGAUCUGACUGACUGACUGUACACAAAAGCACAAAAACGAGCUUUCCUGUAUCCUGAAUCUUUAUGUUUAUUAGGAUAAAAUCAAUAGUUUAUAUCUUUUAGCCCUCACUCACUAAACUGAUUUCAUGUAUGUGUUAUUUUCUGUCCUCACCAAAUCUCCUGAACUCACCAGUCACUCUGCAAAUCUUCUUGAAGCUUAUCUGUUUCUCUCACACACACUGUUUUCUCUCCUUCUCCUCACACUUAUGUCUGCUCAUCUCUCUGUAUGACAGGGCACUCAGAUGAUCUUCAACGCUGCCAAGGAGCUGGGACAGCUAUCCAAGCUUAAGGUGACUCAAAAGAGACGACAGAAAAACCAAAUACCUCGCUCAGAAAGCAGCCGUGGUGAAGACUGACACCUCUGUUUGGUUUCAUUUGAUUCACAGGAGCACAUGGGGCGAGAGGAGGCCAAAGCGCUGACUCCCAAACAGUGUGCGGUCAUAGAGCUGGCACUGGACACUAUUAAGGUGUGCUAUGACUUCUAUUCAUACUGUUUUGUCUGUACUGUACUGUCUCUGGAUGAGAGUUUCACUGCUCAUCUUGUAAGAAGAAAGAGGAAGGAAUAUGACAACUGUCCACGGUGUCUUUCUUGGUAGCUAAAAUGGUAAAAUAAUUCAGCAAUCCAGAGAUAAAAUCAGGAAUAAGAAUACAAAUCCAAAGCUGAAAGGGCAUCCAGUAAGAGUACACUGAAUCAGCUUGAAAAUCAUGACAAAGUGCUCAAACAGACACCCACUGAGAAGUGAGAAAAAUACUUACUUGUUCCAACACAUCAUCUUGAGCUAGCUUGUUGAGUACUGCUAUAGCUGCUGGUACUAAAGUGCUUCUGUAGUGUUUUGUUCUUCCCUUCAGAGCAACAAACCGACCGCCAGAGUGUAGAAGCUGAAACUCAGCUCUCUCCGGAUGAUAACAGUCUGAAUAAAGAGCUGGCCUUAUGCUGCAGCUGUAAAGGACAGAGAUCUGACAGGGUGGAUUGAAAUUUACCCACAGGCCUUCAUUUCCACUCGACAAUUCAGUUAAGAGUAUUUUCUUUUUAAGAAAAACACAGCCGCAGGUUUUUUUUUAGGAAUGGACUUGGAGCUGCAAAUCGCAAAUGCAACCAUGCAAGUUGCCUUACAAUGGAGACUUUAAAGGGAUAUUCCAGCGUAAAAUUAAUUUAGGGUCAAACACACUGUAACACUGAGUUAGACACCCCCUCGAGAGAUGAAUGUUGACGACUGCUUGCUUCUCUAGUUAUACCAACUUAAGUAAUGACCGCAUGAUAGCAAUACACAGCAGUCCCAGCAGCCACGUGCUCAACCAAAAAGCCACUCUUUAGCCACAAAUAAUGCUCAGAACAGCACCUCACUUCAUCAACAGUACAUAUAGGGUCCUAGACCACAGCACUAGCCACCAAACAUCUUUUUAACUUUGACUAAUUUCUUUAGCAAAGAGACUAAACACAACUCACCUACUCUCUUCCAGCAGCCACUUGUUUGCAGCGACUGCAGUGGGGUGACGCAGCUCAAGGAAGAACAUUUAUGAUCAUUACUUUAUAAUUUCCUUGAAGUAAUAAUCAUCAUUUUAAUCAUUUUGAACUGCACACGCAGUAGUUGGUAUAACUAGAGAAGCAAGUUAUCUCUCAAGGGGGUGUCUAACUCGGUGUAACGGUAUGUUUGACCCUAAAUUAAUUUUAGGCCGGAAUAUCUCUUUAAACCAGAGUUGGAAAACCCAGUUUAACAAAAAAUACAGAUUAAACCUUUCUACCUAAGCCAAACUAACCAAACCAAACAAGUGUAACAGCCUCCCUUUAUCCAGAGUGACAAAAAAAUCCAUAUGUAAGUGUGUUCUCAAAACUAGUACCUGGUCCAGUCCUGGAAAGACGAGUACCUCAGAGAAGCUAAUGAGAAACAACACAGAACUAACCAACUACAAUUAAUCUGUGAGACACACAGGGACAAGCUAGUCUCUGCCAAAGCUGGACCACAAAUGACUCCCGACUCCUCUCUCAUUGGUGUGGUGAUCUGGGCUAUGGACCAGUCAAGCCGUUUAGCUGGAUGCAGAGAUGGGCCGGAACAUCUGCUUACUCAGCCACCCAAACCACGAGUUCAGAGAGCACUUCCAGAAAGGGUUAAUCUCACGCAAACAGGGGAGAGUCAGUGACCACGGCUAUGACAAAACCUUUGAAGUCAUUGAGCCUGGUGAAUAAUGUUUAACGUAGCAUGUGCAGUUUUAAAUAAAGUCUUUUUGUACAAGUGAAGCUUAGUCCGUUUAGUACAGGACAUCUCAAUCAUGCACAGUUUAACACUCUUAGCUGUCUCUGUUCCAUGUCUCUGUAUUCGCCUGUCUGUCAAGUUCGACUCCCACACACACCUAUAUUAAGUGUGUCUUGUCUCAUCUGUCACACAGCAAUACUUCCACGCUGGUGGUGUGGGCCUGAAGAAAACCUUCUUGGAAAAGAGUCCGGACCUGCAGUCUCUGCGCUACGCCUUGUCCCUGUACACGCAGGCCACAGACAAGCUGAUCAGGAAAUUUGUCCUCUCACAGAGCGCUCAGGGUACAACUUCAAACAGCAUGCACACACACACACACACACACUGUUUCACAGCAGGUUCAAACAAUUCCCCACAAAAGAAGCGUAUGGAAUUAAAUGGGAUUAUAGGAUUAAAUAGAAUAACUUGCUCACAGUGGAGGAAGAAUGUUUAAUUCAUCGGUUCAGUGAGUUACAGUAGCCACGCUGUGAGAAGCAUAACUAUUAUUUGCAUGGCAUCUUUAUCGAAACACAGUAUGAAAUUAAAAAGAGCUCUUUCAUGAAGUUCAGAGUACAUCCUGUCCACUCGUUGGCAAGUCCUCUAUCCCUCUUCUGAUUCUAACUGUCUUUUCUUUCUCCCAGUGCACGGCGGGAAAGGGAUUAGGUACUCGGCUAACGAAGACACACCGCCAGAGAAAGGUAGGUCUUAUCAAACCUGCAUGUCACCCUGAGCGACAGACAAUAGCUCAGACAUAUGUGUGUGUGUGUGUGAUCAAACCAUUAAGAGCUAAAGAUAAUCUGACAUAGCCAGUGAGCAGUAUUACCCUCUCUUUCCUGGCUCUUUCCUCCUUAUUUCAUUCAAGCUCUUGCUUUUAUUCGAUCUAUAGGAGAUAGUAUGACUUAUGCCUGAGACUACUCAUGGUAGAUGGAGCUUUUUAAUAACUGUGAGUGCACCCAGACAAAUGACUUAUGUCCUGAGACACUGAUCACAAGAGUAAAAGUGUAGAAACUGCAGUUAUCUGUCAUGCACAGAUUGUAUAUCACUGAUGAAAAGGAUUUUUUUUUUAGAAACUCGUGUUGCAGUUUGGAUUCUGUCCACUUAUGUCUGUUUCUUUUUUUCAUCAAUAGAGUGUUAAGAACGAAUUACAAGCCAUCACUGCAUUACAGUUUACCAUUUUUCUGCAUGAGAGCUGGCACAGAAGCUGCUAUACCCGGCCAAGUCCUGCUUGUUUGGUCAUCACAGAGAACGUGUGUGUGUGUGUGUGUGUGUGUGUGUGUGUGUGUGUGUGUGUGUGUGUGUGUGUGUGUGUGUGUGUGUGUGUGUGUGUGUGUGUGUGUGUGUGUGUGUGUGUGUGUUUAAGCUGUCUGUAUUUUUAGUCACAAUCUGCCGAUGCAUCAAGGUUACUUAAGCCUUGGAUCUCAGCGGUGCUACCUUGUGCUAAUGGCCAUCAAAAGAUAAACCAACACACACACACACACACACACAAUCAAUUCCUUUGUGUUUUUCCACAGCGUCUGGAGUGGAUGCCGUUGGUGAGGUGGUCAUGUGUGUGGAUAUUUUACCGCAGCCUAAUGGAGAACACAAGAUCAGCGUGAAAGGUAAAAAAAAAAAUAAGAGCAGAAUAGAAGUCUUUGUGAUUGUUCUGAACAUUUUUGCCCUUCCUUUAUUCCCUUUUUAACUCACACUAUUCUCUGCCCACAGUGGUGGCUGCCAACGACCUGAAGUGGAAGGCUCAGGGCUUCAGGCCCUUCGUUGAGGUCUACAUCAUCGGCCCCCACCUCAGUGACAAAAAGAGAAAAUUUGCCACCAAGUCCAAAAACAACAGCUGGUCUCCCAAGUUCAGUGAAAGCUUCCAGUAGUGAGUAUCUGCUGUUUCUGUGGGAAUACACCAGGGAUUCAUUUUACCUGAGUGCAAGCUGUGCACGUCCCUGCUCUUACUCCUGGAGGCUCAUCAUGAGAAAAUACAAUGCAGCUGUAUUAAAGACACUAUGGGGAGUUUUUAGCUGCUUGAGAAACUGUUAAAAAAUCCUCAGAGGGAGUGAUACAUUUCUCUGUUACAGAACAACAGGAUGACUUUUUUGUCUUUAAACACUGCUUUCACAUGUUUGGGACAAGAUUUAAGAUGAAUCACUUUGUGCACAGGGGGCGCCAAAACCCACACAAAUCAAAGGUUUCUCACAGCAGCUUUAAACUUAGGAGGACUAAAGCAUGCGUUGUGUAUGAUAUCUGGAAAUACACAGUAAGUAAUAUACAGGGCUCGACAGUGCGACCGUUUCACUCGCAUUCGCGACUAAAAAUAGAUGUGUGCAAAUUGUGAAAUGUAUUUAGGAGCUCAUGUGCACAUUAAAAAAAUCAGCUGAGACAACAAAUGUUUUUUCAUGUAAAUACUGCAGUGAAGUCAGUUCUAGGUUGGAUAUUCAACGGGCAUUCACUGCGGAUCUACUGGUGUCUUCUCACUCUUCAUGACUGGAAAUAGCAACAGCAGCACGGUUAAAUUUACUCGCCAUCCUUGCUGUCGACGUCAGGUGUUGAUUAAGGGACCAUCAAUAAAUUACCAGUUGAUGUUCUCAAAAAAGGCUGUUUUCCUUUAAUAGCUUCCACGUCAUGUAACCAGAUGACCAAAAAUUGAUUUCAAAUAGUAGUACUAAGAUCAGACAAUAAGACACAAGUCUUUAUUUCCCCAAUUUGUCCUCUAAAAAUUUUUGUGUUAAAUUUAAAGGCAAAUUUUGAACAUUUUCUUCAAAAGCUUCAAUGUCAUGUGACCAAAAGACCUAAAAUCGAUUUCAAUAAUAGUGCUUAUGUCGACCAAUAAGACACACAUAAUUUGAUCAAUUUUCAUUGUGCCCCUAAAGUUCUUUGUGUGUUCCUUACUUUUUCAACUUAGGAGCACAUGUGCUCCUUGUAAAAAAAAGUUAGCGUCAAGCCCUGAUAUAGAUAUUAGGUUGUUAUAUAUGAUGCCAAAUCUGCGUCUCUGUGUUUUAACAGAAUCAAAUCAGGAGAUGCACUUUUUGUCCGAGCUGUUGUAAAAAGACUUUCAAAUACUCACAAUGUUACAAAAACAGACAAACAAUCAUCAGCACGUGUGCUGAACAGCUUUGGCUAAUAGAUUCAAAAUGGUUUGUCCAUGCAACUUUGUACCAGAUUAUUUUGGGAAAGAAAGUUUACUACUGUCCACAAGUGUUGUAGCAGGGUUCCAACGCGAGUAUGGAAUGUAUGGAAAUGUAUGGAAGUAAUUUGAUCAAUUCCCAGGUCUUAAAAAUUAUGGUAAAUGAAAAAUAAAGUAUGGAAAAGUAUUUUUGUUUCCAGACUAUUACCACAGUUGUAAAAUGCUGUUUUCUAAAAAAGCAAAGUAGAUAUUUCCAAAAAUAAGUCUAAAAAGUAGGAUAUGGAGAAGUAUGUAAAUCCCAACUGUGUAGAAACCCUGUGCAAGAGUUUUUUGUGCCUAAAGCCCCUAUAUUGUGCUCAUUUCAAGUUUAAUAUUUGCACCAUGUGAAACCUCUGUUGUAGCUUUGCAUGAUUAGCUAUUAAAAAAACUCCUUAUUCAAGAAAGUUGGUCAUGUUUAACCACAUCUGUACUAAAACACAGACUCUGGCCUCAUUAAGUAUGACCAUCCAACAGUGUAACAAUAUUAAUUGAUCUUUAAAUAUGAAACUAAUGCUUCUUGAAGUUUGAAUGUCCAUUGAAUGUAGGCUCUGACUUUAAAACACUGACCUGGUUCUAUCUUGUGUUCCAGCUCGUUGGGCACUGAGGUGGGUCCGGAGAGCUACGAGCUGCAGGUGUGUGUGAAGGACUACUGCUUUGCCAGAGAAGACCGCACUGUGGGCAUGGGCGUCCUGCAGGUAAAGGACAUUGCCAGUAAAGGCAGCAUCACCUGCUGGAUGCCUCUGGGCAGACGCGUCCACAUGGACGAGACGGGCCUGACGGUGCUGCGCAUCCUCUCCCAGCGCAACAACGACGACGUGGCCAAAGAGUUCGUCAAGCUCAAGUCGGACCAGCGCUCUGCUGAGGAGGGCCGCAGCUGAGAACGGAGGGGGGCAGACGGGGCAUAGAGCGAGGACACACACAUGUGCACAAAACCCCAUAGACAUAGUAUUAUGCACACAUAUAUAAUACACACACUCCUACAUAGAUGUGCAAUACACAAGGACACAUAUGAAAUGCUCUAUUGUAUAUAUAUAUUCUGUAUAUCUGCAUACAUUAUGCAACAUUUACAUUGCAAUGUUAUCAAUGCAAACACAGAGGAACAUGUUUAUAAAAAGUCACCUUUCAUUUGGAAUAUUUCCCACUCUGAGUUUAGGAUUAGCUUCACGUUAGCAGCACUUCGUAAUCCCUCACUCAUCUUUUCCUGGAAUACAUUGCACCUUUUAUAUGCUGUACAUUUAGAGACGAUAGGAUUCAGCGCAGAAAAAAAAAAAAAAACAUGUGAAUAGAUCGAGAAUGACCACUUUGCACUUCUGCUUCUCGGUGUCUUAAGGAGAACAGCCCUCGCCCAGCUGUGCUCCGUCCUUCUGUUUGUCCGCUUGCCUGCCUGACUGUGUGUCAUUCUUCCAGUCUGUCAACCCCAUCUUCCCCCCUGCCGUUUGCUCUGCGUAGUCUUCCUGAGGUGUUAUCUGUUGAGUAAGUUGGAGUUCAGGCGCAGAUCUAAGAUCAGUUUCCUGCCCAAAAAAUCCAAUAGAGAAAAAAAAAAACAACAACAACAACAACGCACAGAACAGUACUGUCCUUAGAUCAGAGUCCAGGGGCAACAUCUCUGUUAGUGUGUCCUGUAAUGUACAAACGUCCUGCAUGUUGACCCCAGGAACACUGUGACUUACUUUACUGUCCCCUCACCACAAAAAAAAGAUGGGUGCCUCUGAUGUUUUUCUUGUUUGAGCAUGGUGCAUAUAUAACAAGAAUUUAUCGUUGUGACCUGACUAACCUUCAUCAUCAUGGAGAAAACACCCCAACAGAGGAGAAAGCUUAGCCUGUUAUGUGAAGGAAAAAGCAGAAUGGAAGCCAUUGCUUGUUUUCUUUGUUUACCUUUGUUACCUUUACUGCUUUACAUCACAAAAAUAAGGAGCAAUACCCCAGAAUCGAACACAUCCGCACCCCUAGAGUGCACACAACUCCAAAAAAGGGCUACAGGAUCAGUGGACUGGGACGUCAUAUCGAGCAUUCGUACGCGCUCUCCUCGCUUCUGUUGGCAAAAUGACCGCAAGGUUUUCACCACCCCCUCACAGUGCACACACUCCUUCAGAGGAUCUCUCACAAACAACGCUGUGGAGGAACUUUGAGGAAAUCCACGUGAAACCAGAAGGACACUUGACACAGGUCGAUGUAUCCGAACACAACUCUCAAAGGCAAUAGUUUGUAUGUUCACAGAACCUCGUGGUUUAUACAAAGGACAAACCUUUCUGUAAACACUGCUGUGUCUUUUGUUACUGCGUGUGUGUGCAUGUGCGUGAAGGUGUGUGUGUGCGUGCGUGCAAGUAUGUGUGUAUGGGCUGAAUGUCACACCUGCACAAUGGGCUUGGAAAUAGUGAGCAAUAUAUUGUACCUGCAUACCCAAAAUGUACAGCGCUGUCGAUGUAACAACAGCAGCACCAACUGCAAUAUCCUGAUGGAGGACGGAGAACUUGUGUCUUUUGUGAGUGCAUAAAAAGUUGUUUAUUUAUGGACUCAUAAAAUCCCUGUCCCUGUAUGAAGUGUGUGUAAACUUGUUCUCACAUGUUUUGGAUUAGAGAGAAAUCCUAUUUGCCUUUAAUAGUAGGACCAAAUUUGCACGAACAAGAUCUCCAGUUUGUUUAAUUUUUUAAACGAAAGAAGCCAUCGGAGUCACCGCCAAGCUUUUAUGUUGUUCAUGUUCGACUCUUUAGUCUUGUCACGUGCGUCAAAUGAAACCUUUUUAAGUCGCAGUCGCAGUCUCGUAGUUUGUUGGUGAAACUCCUUGAAGUGACAGCGAGUAAAAGCUGCAGUAUGAUUUUCCUGUCACUGAGUGGAGCAGCACCAGACGUCCCUGCUGGCCUGUCACAUUGUCAUACUGUUGGAUCCUGCCAAAAAAAACAAACGUUUUAAUGUUAUUUAUCAGCUGCAGAGCCAUCUUUCAUCAAAGUUAGUGUCAAAUCAAAAACUACUUUGCCUUUAAAUGAAGGCAACGCUUCAAGUCAUGGUUCAAUCAUUAUUUUUUGGGGGGGAUUAGCCCUUUAAAGUGAGCUUAUUCACCCUAACUAAGAUUGAGUUCUGUUUCAUUGUAUGUAAAUGUUACUUCUAGUAUUCCCAGGUCUCAAGACUAAACUUCACAUGUCGGGUUGCAGCUGAGAAAGCAACAAAAAAAAUCCUGUAACACACCAUCAAGUUCAGGGCUCGUUGGUUGCCUGCUUCACAUUUGUGCACACACAAACAAAUACAUACACGCACACACACACACACACCUUUACACAGGUCUAUGCUCAAGCACAAAGGGGCACAUGUAAGAAGACACACAUGCAUGCAUGCACGCUGACACAAAUCUGUGGAGACCAAUGACGCCCACCCCUGUGAAUAAGAUCAACUUACAAUUGCAUGACGGGAAAACUUAAGUGUGCCAGCACGUGUCUCUUCGAUGUUCUUCGGCUUUUUCUUUCCCCUUGUUUUUUUAAUUUCCAAAACGAUGUGAAGAUGAGUCAUCAGUGUUUUUUUAUGGCUUGUGAAUACGUCAUCUGUAACCAAUAUGAAUGUAGUGUGAACACAGAACUCGCAUGAGAGAAUUAUUUUCUACCGAGGAUGUUUCUAAUUUGUUUCUUAUCAUUAUUGAUUGUUCUUUAAUGAGGAUGAAUAGGAGCUGGAAUGCAGCCUGAUUGUGAUCUGCUUCCUAUUAAAAGGACAUUUGUGUCAGAAUCUAAA